GCCGCGCGGCGUGAACCACCUGGGAACCGCGGGUCGGGAUGCUGUCCGCCAGCGCGGCCACUAGCGCGCCGCCUGCCACUCCUGUCCUUGCGUCUUGGGCUAUGUCCCGCUGUUUACAUGCCGUUGAAGCCCCUGGCCACUCCGAGCCCCUUCGAGCCCCAGCUCCCCGAGGGUGAAGCCAGCCGACCCGCGAAUUGGACUGGUCGCUGAGACCUGGGCCCUCGGACUCAGAUCCCUGCCCGCUCUGCCGCCUCCGCCACCAUCUGGGCGGGAUCCGGCUCUGGUGUUUUGAGGAGGGGGUGUGGUGUAGGGAAAGGAAUCCUGGGGAUUUCUGGUCUCCCCCUUUUUUGGCCUUCGGGGCUUCAGACUCAGGGAACUCGCUCAUGGCUUUCUUGAUGAAGAAGAAGAAAUUCAAAUUCCAAACCACUUUCACCCUGGAGGAGUUGACGGCGGUCCCCUUCGUGAACGGGGUCCUCUUCUGCAAGGUCCGAUUGCUGGAUGGCGGGGAUUUUGUCAGCAUAUCAUCAAGGGAGGAGGUGCAGGAGAACUGUGUGCGGUGGCGGAAGCGGUUCACCUUUGUGUGUAAGAUGAGCGCCAACCCAGCCACUGGCCUGCUGGACCCCUGCGUUUUCCGGGUGUCAGUACGCAAGGAACUGAAAGGUGGGAAGACUUAUUCCAAGCUGGGCUUCGCCGACUUGAACCUGGCUGAGUUUGCAGGCUCGGGCUCCACCGUGCGCUGCUGCCUGCUGGAGGGAUAUGACACGAAGAACACCCGCCAGGACAACUCUAUCCUCAAGGUCACCAUCGGGAUGUUCCUGCUCUCUGGAGACCCCUGCUUCAAGACGCCGCCGUCUACUGCCAAGUCCAUCUCCAUCCCAGGCCAGGAUUCUUCCCUGCAGCUGACGUGUAAGGGUGGCGGGACCAGUAGCAGUGGCGGCAGCAGCACCAACUCCCUGACGGGGUCCCGGCCCCCCAAGGUCCGGCCCACCAUCCUCAGUUCAGGGGUGCCCGAGGAGACAGACCAGAACCUGUCCAGCCCCGAGGAGGUGUUCCACUCUGGUCACUCCCGCAACUCCAGCUAUGCCAGCCAGCAGUCCAAGAUCUCUGCAGGCUACAGCACGGAGCACUCGCGCUCCUCCAGCCUCUCCGACUUGACGCACCGUCGCAACACGUCCACCAGCAGCAGUGCCUCUGGUGGCCUCAGCAUGACCGUGGAGGGCCCUGAGGGUGGCGAGCGUGAGCACCGGCCCCCCGAGAAGCCACCCCGGCCACCCCGGCCCCCGCAUCUGUCAGACCGCUCAUUUCGGAGGAAGAAGGACUCGGUGGAGAGCCACCCGACCUGGGUGGAUGACACGCGGAUUGAUGCAGAUGACAUCGUGGAGAAGAUCAUGCAGAGCCAGGACUUUACAGACGGCAGCAACACUGAAGACAGCAACCUCCGGCUGUUCGUGAGCCGCGAUGGCUCCACCACGCUCAGUGGCAUCCAGCUGGCCAACAGGGUCUCCUCUGGGGUCUACGAGCCAGUCGUGAUUGAAAGCCAUUGAGGAGCGGGUGUCCAGGCUGGAGAAGGGCCCUGCCAUUGCGGGUGUCCAGACCCGUGUCAUUCCACGAGGGACCUUCCCCUUUGGAUCACCGUCCACUCCACAUCUCAUCUGUGCCUCCUCCAUGCACUCCUGCCCAAAGCAUCAUUCCAUUGUCCUCCCAUCCGUGCUGGGACCCUCCUGGCCUGUUAGGGCCUGGGCACCACUGUGAAUAUUCUCUGAACCACUAGAGGGCAGGACACGCAGGCCCAUGAAGUAGGUGGGCAAGAUGAAGCCGGCCAGGAUCCCCUGCUGGAUACCGACCGGCCCCUCAGUGGGUACACGCAGCAGCUCCUCCACGCGGAGCUGCUUGUGGCCAAGGGGCCUCUUGCCCUGUGUCCCUGUUCAUUCUAGGAGUGCCAGCUCAACCAUGUCCUGGCAGGGCUCUGUUCUGUUGCUCCCUUGCCAUUGGGGGCCAGUUCACCCCCAGAAUCCUGCCACUGUGGCCCUCUGACUGCUUACUGCUUCAGCUAUCCCUUCCCUGUGCCCUGGGGGACCCGCUGGCGGCCUCUUCUUGGGAGCCAAGACCUCAGACCCCACCCACACUCCAGAUUGAGAUUCCCUCCCCCAACGAAUGUUCCCCUGCUGCCCUGGCAGCCUGCACUUUGCACAUGCUUGUGUCCAGCACAGCCCCACUGGCCCUCGCCUGCGCUUCCUGACCCCUUCCCACGGAUUCCUGGGCGCUGCCUGCCGUGCAGCCAGCGGCCCAGCUCCAGCAGCCCGGCUGGACCGCGGCACCGCCUCUCCCUCCAGUUAGCUGCAGCUCGGCCCUGAGACCCAUGCUGAGAAAGGUCUGAGCUUCGAUGGUGGUUCCCCUCUGCCCAGGGCUGGGUUCUGAGCAGCUGGUUUCCUGUAGAAAGCCAGGAAGGUGCCUCCCAAGCCCUUGGAGGUCAGGGGCCUGACUGGGCUGGGUAAGCACCACCCCCUUUCUGUCCCCUGGAGUCAGCUAGCCCGGGCUGGGGCCGCUGCUGAAGGGCAGGUGGGCUGUGACUGGACCAGCUGGAGCUGGCUUACUUACUGACCAGAAAAGCCUGAGCCCUCCUCUGAAAGCACCCCCGCUCUGGGCAAGAGUUAGGCAAAGCCCUUGAUGGGGGUUUCCAGCAGAGAGCAGUCUGGCCCUGCUCCUGCUCCUCACUAAAGCCUCUGCUCUGAGCACUUUCCUCCCCGUCCUCGUUACCUGCUUGAAGGCGGGUGCUGGCUGCCAGCCAGCCCCUGGACAGACUCCCUGCCACUCUUUAAUUUCACUCAUUUUUAUAUAAACCCAGCAGGCUGGUGUUUACUGAAUCCUAUACUUUUUUUUUUCUUCUUUCAUUCCCCCCCCUUUUUUUUAGGGUUCACAGUUUGUUAUUUUUUCCUCCUCCAGGUGAGGGGAGGUGGUUUUGUUCUCUGCCCUACCCACUGACUGGAUCCCAGCAGGGCUGGGGAUCUGCAUGGGGGCCCGGGAUACUGGUUCUCCCUCUGGUAGGGGUGAGGGUAAGGGUGUCCUCCCCAGGCUGGGAGGGGUCCUUGCCCUUCUGCCCCAGCUGGCAAGAGUUGGAGUCUUAGUCUUGGAACCUCCCAGCAUUGGGACCAGAGCAUUUCUAGGAUUUUGUUGUUGUUUUUAAUCACCUAACUCUUACAGAAAAUGAAUGUUAGAAGGUGCCUGUCGAAAUAGGAUGGAACAUUUGCUCUGGCUGGAGAAGGCUCUAGUCAGCUCUCUGGGUCCCUUCCUGUCCCAUCGACACCUGUCACUUUAAAAGGGGAUUGGCUACACUGUCUCCAGAUGAAGUGACCCCCUUCCCUCCUGUGUCUGCAUGACCUCAGCCCAGUGGGAAGGUGCAUUCAAGGUGUAUUUGGUAUCUGAUUCAAAGUUCUGGGGCUUUUAGGAUAAAACAGCUAGCUUUGGUGCUGUUGAGGAGACUCCCCAAACUAGGAACCCCACUCUAGAUGAUGAGGUCUGAACUUGACAGUCACCCCAGGAGACAGAGCCUGCCACAUCCUCCCUUGCCAGGCCCUGGACCAGGGUAAUUGGACAGAGAAUUCAGCCAUAACCAAAUUAGUGCUGGCUGGAGCUGGAGGCCUGGAGCCCGGCCUCAUCCCCACGUGGGAGCCCUCUGGUCCCCUCAAGCUCAGUGACUUCCCACUAGGUGCCCACAGCUCCUAGACUUAAAAAUUCUAUAUAGAGAGAGAUAGAGAGGAAUAUAUUAGAGAUAUUUUUGGAAAGGAAUUGGUCUAUGCAAUGUCGGUCGGAAUCUUCUUGGAAGACAGUUUAACGUUUUUACUAGGAGAUUUAUUAAAGAAAAUAAAAAUCUACAAUAUUUUUAGGUUAUUAUUUUUCUGGUCACCUCACAAACUGACCACAUGGCACGAUUUGCCAGGAUGGAGAAUGUCCAUGAUCUCCUCUCUUGAGGGAGGUGAGCAGGGAGAUGGGGGGAGGGGGGUUGUUUGGUUUUUUUUAAUUCCCCUUUUUUUUGACAGAAUGUUGCCACCACCACACCCUGGUUCAGUGGGCUGUAUUUGUAUCUCUGUCCCAGCUUCUACUGUAGAAAAUAAUAUUGUAAAGGGAAAUCAGCCUAGUGUCAAUGUCUUGGUUUGGGGAAAAAAUUAAAUGUUGCAGUUUUUGUUUGUUA